AAACAAAAGGUCACUUUAAAACGCGACCACGUUCAUUUGUUGUGCGAAACGUGGAUUUUGAUUGGCACACAACUUUUCUUUUAAUAUUUGAAUAAAAAUGGGCAAGGAUCGGGGCAGAGGACGCCGGAACCACCACUCCGGGCCCUACAACAAGAGCAACUGGCGUGGCCAGAAACGGGAUCGCCCUCCCCAGAACGGGGGUCAGCGCAACAAAGCUCCGCCGCAGCAGAAGACCGUGUUGCUCGAGAAUCAGGUGGGCAUCACGGAGUUCACAAAUCCAGACGCUCCAGGAUUCACUGGCAUCCUUAAGUCGCGCUUCUCGGAUUUCCACGUGAACGAGAUUGACAGCGAGGGCAGGGUCUUGGAGCUGAACGACCUCACCGUGCCAAAGGUGGCCAUCGAACCGGUGGACCCAGAAGAUCUGGCCAAGUGGAGGAAGGAACUGGAGGCGGUAAUUGGUGCUGAGGUGUGGCAGGAAAUAGCCGACCUGGCCGACUCGAAAACCGAUCCCAAGAGCGAACAGAAGGUGGAAAUAGAUGUGAGCAGCCUGGAUAAGGAAAGGCGCGGUCAGGUCCACCAGCUGGUAAAGCAGUUGUACAAAGGAAAGUUGGUGUCCACGACUAUUGGGCAGCAGCAGCAGGCCAAGUCACCGCCGACGGAGGAACAGACGGAGCCAAAGGAGCAGCUGGCGGAGAAGAAAAUUAUUCGCAUCCUAAAACCCAAGGGAGGUCGCGGCGACAAGCGCUGGAACUUUCCCGCGGAAUUCGUGAGCUUCCUGGUGCACAAAACUAACCUGGUUACCAGUGAUGUCGCCUCAACUUUGGCCUCGCGGCUUUUCUUGCGACCCUCGCAGGUGAACUACGCCGGCAUCAAAGACAAGCGGGCCAAGACCACCCAGAACUUCUGCAUCAAGCGCCGGGCGCCGGAUCAAAUAGUGGCAGCCGCCCGAUCCCUGAGGAACGUGCAGAUCGGCAACUUCGCCUUCCGAAACACCACCCUGAAGCUGGGUGACCUGCAGGGCAACCGUUUCCGCAUCGCCCUGCGUCACGUAGACAAGGUGAAGCGUGGCGACAUCGAGGUGGCCCUGGAAUCGCUCCGGGAACGGGGCUUCAUCAACUAUUACGGCCUGCAGCGGUUCGGCAAUAGUGCCAGCGUGCCCACGUACGAGGUGGGCGUGGCCCUGCUGAAAUGUGAUUAUAAACUCGCCUGCGAGCUGAUCCUUAAGCCGCGCGACUCGGACGUGGAGUUUAUGCGUCCCAUCCGUGAGGAAUGGUGGGAAAAACGCGACUCGGCGGCGGCGGCAGCGCAGAUCUACGGCGACAAGUUCAUCGAGAAGAAGUUGCUGGACGGAUUGGCCAGAUUCGGGGAGUCGGACUACUCUUCAGCUCUGCGGCAGAUACCCAGGAACAUGUUGAUGCUGUAUCCACAUGCCUACCAGAGCCUUGUCUUCAACAGGAUUGCCUCUCGGAGGAUCAAGGAGUUUGGCCUGAAGCUGAUUCCCGGAGAUUUGGUAUAUGUGGAGCAGGAGCAGGAACAAAAUCAGGAGGAGCCGAACGAGGUCUCGGGAGAAAAGGAGCAAAAGGAAGAGGAAAAUACCGAAGAUCUUCCAGAAACUCUUGGGGAGGACGAGACCAUCGAAGAGGAAUCGGUAUUUAAGCGCAAAGUGCGUCCCCUGACCGCCGAGGACAUUGCCAGCGGCAGCUUCCGCCUCUCCGACGUGGUUCUGCCCCUGCCGGGACACGACAUUACCUAUCCGGCGAACGAGUGCGGCGUCUGGUACGAGGAGAUGCUAGCCGAGGUGGGCCUUACCUCGGAUCUUCUGAAGCACAAGGAGAAGACGUACGCCCUAGGUGGCGCCUACCGCAAGAUGAUCAUUCAGCCCACUGAUCUCAAGUGGAGCUUCCGGCUGUACAACACGCCCGAGGAUUCUCUGAUAGCCUCCGACUGGGAGCUACUGAAAAGCAUUCCCGUUACCCCUGAGCCCGCCGAGGAGGAGGCCAGAUUCAUGGCCCUCCUGUUGGAGUUCUCGCUGCCCUCUGCUGCCUAUGCCACCAUGUUUCUGCGGGAACUCUUCAAGCAGGAUACGUCGGCGGCCACGCAAAUGCAGCUGGAAAAAAAGGCAAUAGGGGAAACCGGAAAGGAGGCGACUAAGGAGGAGCCCAUGGAGGAAGAGGAGGAGGGGGAGGAAGAGAAGGUGGAGGAGACGGCAGCGCAGGCGGAGGUGCAGGCCAACUAAGUGCAGGACCGACGACCGAAGCCAAAAAUCAAUAUUCUCGGGGAAAUCAAUUUUACGCGCGCUUCGUCGUAUCCCAACUUCAAACCAACCACAACAAUAACAAUGCGCACGUGAGGACGACGAGGGCUGCUCUCUCUCUCGCUCUCUGUCUCGGUAGCUCCCAUUCACUCUCUCUGGUCUCUCUCGCCAGCUGGAAGGAGAGUCCUUUUGGUCCUGUGCCUUCUGGGGCGACUGCGAUUUCAUUCGUUCGGUGGUAAGCAACGCGAAAGCUCGCAACGACGCGCCGCGCAGUUUUCCCCCAGUUCACAGCUCACACAGUCCACCAAGUCGGACGGUUUCCUCGGCGUUCUCAAUGGAGGGCAGUGGCCAAUGAUUAACUAAACCCAACUAACUAACAUUUGCGGUUCCGCCAAGUCCCCGAGACUCGAAUCAACCAGUGCAUCCAACCCGCUAUAGCCGAGCCUUAACAUCCAGGAGGAGAGAGCCGAGCCAAGGUGAAUUUAGCUCUUAGAUGUGUGCAGCGCUUUUGGGCGCGUAUUUUGAAUAAGCCAUUUAUUUAGCCGUAAGCACAAUUCACGGCCGAGCAGUUGCCAGUAAUUAAAAGUGAGUGAGCAUUGAACUUACCCUGCCAAGCCCCGAACUGUACAAUAUUUUUGAUUUUGGCUUCGGCCAAGCUUAUCGAUUUUUGUUGUGUGUGCUUGUGAUUGUGCUUGUGCCCGAAAUCAAUCGAUAAUACGGUGUUAAUACCAAGAGAAGGAAGGGUCCGCGCGCGAAUGGGGAAGGUUGGGAAGGUGGCUUGCUUGCUGGCUGGCUGGCCGUAGGAGUAGUUCAUGUAUAGUGGGCUUAGUUGAGGUGCGUCAGGGGAGGCGGCGGUGCUCGGUGCUCGGCAGUCGGAGAUCGGGGUGAUUUUCGGGGUGGCGGCAGUCGUUAAGGGUGCACGACGCUCCGCUCUGCUCUGCUCCUCGCUCGUUAUGUUUUUGUUCCCCCCUUUGGGAGUCCUCAAAUUAAUAAACUAAAUGCUUGUUUUGGCGUCGUCGCCCGCCCGCCUCCCCGCCGAAGCCGAUCCAGACGUGGAUAUUGGACAUGUUAUUGCUUGCGCGCGCACUCUUUGACUCUUCUUUUUUUGACCAGUUACCAGCAGCACUAGCAGCAGCUGCUGCGUCAUAUAUAGUAGGAGUUUUUGGCGUGGCUAAAUUCGAUUUUCUGUCGCCUGCCCCGCGCCAGUCCAUCCAUCCAGCUAAGCCAAUGGAUUUGUGCCUUCAGAUGUGUUGUAGCUCCUGACAUUAUAACAUUACAUCCGGUUUAAUUGAUAAGUUUUAAU